UAUCAGGGACAAACCACUGUUUCCAUACUACUAAGCAAUGAAAGUGAAAAACCUUUUGCUGUAUUUGGCAUAUGUAUUUAUACUGCAUGAAUGCAACCAUACUUAAGUGCUGCGGAAAUUAAAUCAAAAUUAUUCACUAGAAAUGAUACGGUUACGGGAACGCUUUUGACAGAGGCGAGUUCUCCAAGCACUGCGGCGUGUGCUGUCCACUGUCUUGCUAGGGGAUCAGACGGGUGCAAUGCAGUGAGGUUCAGGGAGCUCUCAAUGGGUUGCCAGCUUAUUGCUCUAGAUUCGAGCUCCCCCACAGAAUUUGCGGCCAGUUCAGAAUGGCAGCUGUUUGUUACACAGGAAUUAAGAUGUCCCCAAGAUUGGAUUAGAAUCGAUUCAUCUUGUUACUACCUAUCAACUGGACUAAUGACGUGUGCAGAUGCAGAACUACACUGCGAAGAACUAGGCGGGCCGUUAGCUGCUAUAACGACUCAGGAAGAAAGUUCAUCCAUAUUUGCCUGGCUCGAUAAUGAGGGGGUUGUCACGGGGUUAGUAUGGAUAGGAGGGAAUGACAUUGUUGAAGAAGGCACAUGGGAAUGGUCGACUGGGGAAGAGUUUGCGUUUGAGGAAAUGAGCAAAAUUAGUGAGCCGAAUGGUUCCACUGGGGAAAACUGUCUCGUGAUAUACAUGGCCGGAGUGGCAUGGGCUGAUUAUGCUUGUUCAAUUACAAUGUCAAAUUCUGUAUGUGAAAAAGGUAUUUGAGUGCGCAAUUAUAUGUAUCAAUGUGGAAAA